AGUUGUCUUGGUGGCAAUUUCACUCAAAAUUGAGUGAAUUUUACACGAUUUUUUUAGAAUAAAUAUGUAUCUUUGCCUUAGCGAGUAAUGCAUCAAAGUCCAAAACCCGUCAAAAAGAAAUGCAGGCAAGUCCAUAAUGCAUCAAAAAGAAAUCAAUCUAAGUCACCUAUUUUAUACGGGACUUGGCUUCGAAGAUCGCCUGAAGAGAGUUGCAUUGACUUGGGCCAAUUAAUUUUAAAAGUCUCAACCUAAUCAGUGAGUUGCACUUCACACCAUCGCAUUUUCAGUUAGGUGCCCAUCUCACUUCUGCUGGUCAACCACUGGAACGAUUUUAUCAACCUUCGAAUUUGUCGUCUAUUUUCACACGAAAUUUGAACUCAAAAAGUCCAAAGCGUUUUCGCUGGGCAGACGAACAUGACAGUACCGUAAGCCCUGGCUCGGAUUCACUUGAAUCCGAAUUUGAGAAACUAUGGAUUCGGAUUCCAAAGUAUCGAAUCACAAAAAUAAGGAUUCGGUGCCAGAUUCGAGAUUCGAAUCCGGAUUCGGAUCCAUACGGAGCACUAGUCACAGCGUGACAAAAUUUCAUUUACAUGGAAAUAUUGUUACAUCUAGGGGCUACAAUUGAAAAAUGCAACGAUUGCAUGUAGUGGGUUUGUUUGGUCGGGGCACACAUACCCAGUCUUCCUAGUACGUAUAUAUGUUGUUUAUAAAAUACAUAUCCGAUACACACAUGUACCUUACUAGGAUUAUUUUCCAUCCUCGUUGAAGAAUAUUAUGAAAACGAAGAAUAAUAUGCGUACCAAAGGCCCAACUUCAUAACAAUGGGAGCAGGGAAACUCAACCUUUUUCAUCCGUCCUUGGCCCAAAAGGUAACAAGAAACGAACCCAAGAAAGGGACCAGGCUCCAUGUCUCCUAUUUCACCCUCAUCCUUAGACUAAAAUCCUUAAGGUUUAAUAAAUUAACAUACAACCAUAUCUAGUCGCUAUUCAUCCAAGAAAAAGACCAAGUUCCUUUAAAUUCUCUUCACUGUAACCCUCAUCUUUAGUCGCAUUUCUUGUCUGGCAGAGAAAUAAUAGAUAUUUUAAAGGCCUACACUCUUCUAACAAUUUGUCCAAGAUAAGCCGAAAGGCAUGGAGGAUUUGAUAACUAAAAAAUGGGUUUAUGCAGUUCUCACAAUCACCUGCAUCCUGAAUAAGGCUGAUUGUCUACAAACCUUAAUGGGUGAAACGAACGUGAAGAUGGAGGAGGGUGAGAUUUACGACUAUGCUCGCUUCUCCGCUUAUCUACUAGUGAUUGUCGUGCACGUUGUUUUGCUCUUGGCGAUUUGGGGUUAUCAGAUUUACGAGGACGUCGAAGACGCUCCAAUUCUGGAAAGUUGCAGCCAAGAAUCGGGAUUCCCGGCGGUCAAAAAUUUGCCUGGAAUGAGAAUCUCUAGAGGAGAUAGAAAAAAUGAGGACGAUGCGUUUGUCUCGAAAUGUGCGAAAUGUACGAGUUGGAUUUCUUGUACCGAUUGGGCACGUCGUGUUCGAGAUCCUACUUCUUUAACGGAGCAAGCUUAUCACAUGGCUUGUUUCUGUUGCGAGGCUUGCAAACAGAUAGUCUCAACUGGAGAGGAAUUUGGUUUUCACAAGUCGAAACUACUUUGCAAAACUCACUUUGAGGCAGCGACCCAAGCUCUGGGGGAAUAUCAGGGUGGAACGCUAACAGGGCAACAGUUGACGAUUUUGCAAGCAAAUUUUUUACUAGAUUCGAAUCCAGACGACCAGGAUUUGGAGAGAAUAUCAAAAAUUGCGGGAAUAUCGAAACUCAAGACGCACGUUUGGUUUCAGGAUUCGAGGACGAGACAAAAAAUAUAAAUAUUUAAAUAAGAACACUAAGAAAAAGCAUGUUCUGACAGAUUAUUCCCUGGUUUCCCGAGUAUCAGAUUUUUUUUCUGUAUAAUUUAAUGGAAUAUGUUGCGCAUGUAUUCCAUUAUUAUUUUAAUAUAAAAUUGUAUAUCCAAUUGACGAUUUGUUUUUUCAGCAUAAAUUUAUCUGCAUGAAAUUAAUAUCAAGACGAAUAAACAACAAGAUUAUUUAGACAAAGACGA